CUUCCUCCCCCACCCCCGCCACGCGAGGCUGCGGCGCACGGUAUGGGUGUGUUUGUGUGUGUUUGUGUGGGGAGGGCGUUUGGAGGGAAGGUUACCGGGAGCUCCGUGGCCGCUGGGGGGCAGGGGUCCCGGUGACGAAGAUGGGGGUAUUUUUUCUGUCUUCCACUUGGAAGCCUCAACCCCCCCUUCAGCCACUCUAGAUACAUCUUGGGGCCCAGUCGAGGGUCGUACCCGUCCAAAGUGUCCCCGUCCUUUUUGGGGAGCGAAACCCAACCCCCCGGUCCAUCCCAGAGGAGCGUGAGCGGGGAAUGCCCCAGCCAACCAGGCCGUCCGGAUUCCGCGCCGGAGCAGCCUCCGGCCUGAGUCCGGAGAGGUAUUUGCCUGUCGGCCUGGGCUGGGGGAAAGGCGUCCGUGGCCUGGGCCACGGGUGAGGGCGGAAUAACCGGUGGGAAGGCUGCGUUUUCACGAAGGACUCGGGUGAAGCUGCAGAGCUGCCUUUGCUUGGCUUCUGGGUCGGAGGAGAUCUUGUAAUGGAGUGGUUCUUCGUCUCACACUAACAAGAUGCCUGAUUUCCUCAGGAUCGAGGGAUUGAAGAAUGUCCCGAGUUCCCUUGGGGAAAGUCCUCCUGAGGAACGUCAUCCGGCACACAGAUGCUCACAAUAAGAUUCAGGAGGAAUCAGAUAUGUGGAAAAUAAGAGAGCUGGAGAAACAGAUGGAAGAUGCGUACCGGGGGACGAAAAGGAAAAUGUUACCCAGCAGUUCAAGCCGGAUGCGUAGUGAUGGUUUUGAUGAAGAAAGUCAAAGAGACUAUUGGAGGCCAAAGAAUGAAAUUUCUGGGGCACUGGAUGAUGAUUUUCUUAAGGCUAAAUCCUGGAACAAGAAGUUACAUGAUUAUGAAGCUAACAUGCCAGACAGAUGGGGUCACAGUGGAUAUAAAGAGUUAUACCCUGAAGAAUUUGAAACAGACAGUAGUGAUCAGCAAGAUAUUACCAAUGGGAAGAAAACAUCUCUCCAGGUAAAAUCAUCUACCCAUGAAUCUCACAAACACAAGAAGUCAAAGAAAUCCCACAAAAAAAAGCAGAAAAAAAAGUCACACAAAAAACAGAAGAAAAGCAAAAAGGAAGCCACAGAUAUAACAGCAGAUUCCUCAAGUGAGUUCUCAGAAGAAACUGGGGCUUCUAGUACCAGGAAAAGGAAACAACCACAUAAGCGCAAGAAAAAAUCCAGGAAAAAAUCUCUCAAGAAAUCUGCUUUAUUCUUAGAGGCAGAGUGUGACACUUCCCAGUCAGAUGAUUCUGCAUCCAGCAGUUCUGAGGAAGGUGAGGAAAGAGACACUAAGAAAACCAAAAGGAAAAAGAGAGAGAAAAAAGCCCACAUCCCUGUAGUUAACAAUGAAAUACAGGAGAGGACAAACAAACGCACAAAUUGGAAAGUGGCCACAGAUGAAAGGUCUGCCGAGAGUUCAGAGGAUGACUAAAUGAGAAAGAAACAUGUUUCCUGCAUGACUCUGGAUAUUUACAGCUCUUACACCUUGGGGAUUUGCCAGUGACUCUAUUGCUCAGCACAGGGGGCCUGAGGUCAGAGCUGUCCUGUGCCAUCUAUAUACAUUCUGACAGACUUCUUGUCUUCUAUUUUGGCCUGUUAAACUUGAUCCUCUUAUUGUUAAUAGGGAAUCAGUUAUUUUGUUAUGAAGGUUUCUUGAAGAGAUUAUUUUUUGUGAUUAAUCACAUUUAGCGUAGAGUGCAUAUGCAGCAAAUUAAAGGACCCAGAAAGCUGAAUCCA